GAAAGUGUGUGUGAGAGAGACAGCAAGUGAGCAACCAGACGCAUAUCCGCAUCCCUAUAUAAACAAGACCUAUUGAGAAUUACUCUCACUCAAACCAACAAAUUCAAUCUCUUCCGUUUACUUCAAACCACGGGAAAAAUGGCUGCCUUUCCUUCUUUUCAAUUCGACUCGUCACUUUAUCUGCCAAACUCUCCCAUCAAUAAAAUGUGUGGCUCUAUCGAGGAAAUUACGAACACGCAUUCUUUUCAAUUUUAUGAGCCGGAAACUCUUCAAAAUCUCGAUCAGAGCCACACAAAAUUUUCGACUCUGAUUAGCGAUAUCGAGCCUUCUCUGAGCCAUGUAACACACAAGAACAUUAGCAUGGAUAAUUCUUCAUCAAUAACAAAACCAAAUCCAAUUCUCUUUAUGGACAAGAAGAAGAGGAAAUUGAAAGAUGCGAGAGAAGCCAAAAUAAAGAAGCCCAAAAAGUGCAAAGAGGUCGACGAGAAAGAGAAGACAAAGAAAGACGAGAAAAAAGCUGAAGAAAAACCUCCGACAGGCUACAUUCAUGUAAGAGCAAGAAGGGGCCAAGCAACAGAUGGCCACAGUCUUGCAGAAAGAGCGAGGAGGGAAAGAAUAACUGAAAAAAUGAAGCUUCUCCAAGCUCUUGUUCCUGGUUGUGACAAGGUAACUGGGAAGGCCCUUAUGUUGGAUGAAAUAAUCAACUAUGUCCAGUCCCUUCAAAAUCAAAUCGAGUUUCUCUCAAUGAAGCUCGCUUCAACUAAUCCAAUGUUCCACGACUUCGGAAUGGACUUGGAAUCAUUCAUGGUUAGACCUAAUCAGAAUUUACUCGGCUUGCAGUGUAGCCCUAUACAAACAGCAGCAAAUGACUACCCUCUACCGGAUAAUUCGUCUAAUAUCCUUCUGCUUCAACCAGGCCAAGUGCCUAAUAUCUUCUCCAAGGGGAAUGGACAGUUCUUGUGGGAAUUGGAUGAACAAAGACAAAAAACUAUGAAUCAGCCAGGAGUCAGCUACAAUUUGUGUUCAUAAAUGUAUCUAGGGAAUUUGCAGGAGCAAAAAAGAGAACAAAUUAAGGAAACAAAUUAAAAGUGGUGAUGAUAUGAUUCCUUUGUAUAACUGGUGAUGGAGAACAAGAGAUUGUGGAUGCUAUGAGUCAAGUUGGACCGACCGGAUAAGACCAGAUCUUUAGCAGAUCCUUUUGUGCUUUUGUCCAAAUUCCUAGAUAUUUGCCUUUUCUCGUUAAAACAUUAGAUACAUUAGUCAAAAAACAUAUUGUAAUUUUUUAUGGCAGUUAAUAUAUUUUAGUACGUAUACGUUCUUCCUCA